CUUUUUGAAUGACAUAAUAAAUGAAAAUUGUUUACUUUUUGCAUAAAUUGCAACAAUUCCCCUUCUCAAUCAGGGUAAUUCACGCUUGUAUGCAACCUGUAGUCUUUUAUGAGAUAAUUCAGCCGUUCAAUAGGUUCACUAUUGAACAACUUUCAUUAAGAAGCUUUCAACUCCUUCCAAAAUAAAGGGGAAGCUGUCAAUUCCCCGAAUUUAAAUUUAACAUCUGAGUGAGAAACCUGAAAUUUAUUAAUCUUUUAAACCAGUUUAUCAGCCUUCAAGACACAUCAACACAACAUUCACAUCAUAACCCACAUACACUCAUCUCAGCAACAUCUACAGUGCGUACUUAAUUUUUCAACUUUAUCAACCUCAAUCUUUUUUUCGGUGCUUUUGUUUAUCUGUGUGUUCAUCACCAAUCAAUAUGGCAAAUAAUUUGUUGUUAUUUUCCAAUAGAGUUGCUAUAGUUACUGGGGCUGGUGGAGGCUUAGGUAGAGAGUAUGCCUUAUUAUUAGCUUCAAGAGGAGCCUCUGUUGUGGUGAAUGAUCUUGGAGGUUCUAGAGAUGGACAAGGAAGUGAUAAACGAGCUGCAGAUAUUGUAGUCGCUGAGAUUCGCAAUAAGGGUGGAAAAGCAGUCGCUAAUUAUGACUCCGUCGAAAAUGGAGAAUCAAUUGUCAAAACCGCCAUUGAUAACUUCGGUAGAAUCGAUAUCGUUGUUAACAAUGCUGGCAUUCUUCGAGAUAGAUCAUUCAAAAAGCUCAGUGACCAAGAUUGGUAUUCAGUCAUUAAAGUUCAUCUAGAUGGUGCACGAAAAGUAACGCAAGCAGCUUGGCCUUACUUAUUACAGCAAAGCUAUGGAAGGAUUAUCAUGACCUCAUCAAAUGCAGGACUUUUUGGCAAUUUUGGACAAACAGCUUACUCUUCUGCAAAAAAUGCUUUAAUUGGUUUUGCUAAGACUCUUGCCAUCGAAGGAGCCAAAUAUAAUAUCCAUUGUAAUGCGAUUGUUCCUGUUGCCGGAUCUCGAUUAACCGAAGAUGUUCUUCCAGCUGAUCUCUUUGGACAAUUCAAACCCCAAUAUGUUGCUCCAACAUUAGCUUGGCUUUGCCAUGAAUCAUGUCCAGAAUCAGGGUCAGUUAUUGAAACUGCUGGAGGAUGGGUCGGUAAAUAUGCUUACCUGCGAACCCGCGGAAAAGUUUUUAAUCCACCCGAAACGAUGUCUCCUGAAGCAAUCCGGGAUAAUUGGUCUGAAAUCACUGAUACAUCUGUUGGUUCUUAUCCCGAAUCUAUCACCGAACAAAUUUCAGAACUUGUUUCCAGCAUCAGAGGAGAAUCAACAUCCACAGUUCGAAUGAAUAAGGCUCCUGAAAAUGGCAAUUUGUUUCAGUAUGACGCAGAUAAAUUAAUUUUAUAUGCACUUGGAGUUGGAGUAAAUGUCAAUGAACCUUACCAUCUACGUUAUUUAUAUGAAAGUGAUCCAGAUUUUACUGCGUUUCCAACCUUUGGUGUUAUCCCAGGAUUACACGGACUUAUGAUGACAGAUCUUUUAUCUCAAGCUGCACAGAAAUAUGGCUUUACGAUUGAUCCAACUCGUUUACUCCACGGUGAACAGUUUUUAGAAAUUAAGAAUCAAAUUCAAGUAGAGGCAAAGUUGCGCUCUGAGGCUCGUAUUGUUGAUGUUCUUGACAAAGGAUCUGGAGCUUUGAUAAUUGCUGAUGUUGAUUCUUAUGAUAGUGAAGGGAAGCACAUUUUUUCCAAUCAAUUUUCACUAUUCAUUGUUGGUGCAGGCAAAUUUGGUGGACAGCGAUCAAGUGAUAAUCCAAAAAUCAAAUCAGUUGUAUCAUCUCCUAGUCGACCAGCUGAUGCAAUUGUAACAGAGAAAACCUCAAUCGAUCAAGCUGCAUUAUACCGUCUUUCUGGAGACAAAAAUCCUCUUCAUAUCGAUCCAAACUUUUCUGCUGUCGCAGGAUUUAACAAGCCAAUACUCCAUGGUUUAUGUUCACUUGGUUUCGCUACUCGCCAUGUAUUGCGUACCUACGCUAACGGUGACCCGUCUCUUUUCAAAGCUGUCAAAGCUCGUUUUUCUGGCACAAUAAUUCCUGGUGAAACAAUCAAAACAGAAAUGUGGAAAGAAGGAAAUCGAAUUCAUCUCCGAUGCUCAAAUGUUGAGACAGGAAAAAGUAUUUUAGAAGGAGCAUAUAUUGAUCUUGACACAGCAAAGAUAAAUCCAAGUCAUCAAAUUGAGCAAAAUAAUGCAGAAAUUCCCCUUGAAGCCUUUAAGGAUGAUGAUGAGCUCUAUCUUGUUUCGGAUCCUAUUUUCGAGGAAAUGGGUCGUCGAAUCGAAAUGGCUCCUGAUGUUGCAUCAAAAAUCAAUGCAAUCUAUGAAUUUAUCAUUUACAAAGAUGAAAAAGAAGUCAAAAGAUGGGUUCUCGAUUUGAAAUCUGCUGAAAAAGGAUUGUUUGCUGAAGGAUCGAAAAUUGUUGAACCUGACUGUAUCAUUCAAAUUUCUGAUCAAGAUAUGGCUGCUUUAGCAAUGGGAGAUUUGGAUCCUGUUAAAGGUUUCAUGGAAGGAACAAUUAGGAUUGUUGGUGAUCCAAGUGUUACACAAAAACUAAAUUAUAUCUUUAAACUAGAUAGUUCAGUUUUGCACAUUGAAAAAACUGCUGCAGCUGACAGAGAAAAGUUUGGUGCAGCCUUAAACUCUACCGAGAAAAAUAAUGCCGCAAAUUUGCAAAUGGCAUGUAGAAUCGAUUCAGUAUUUGAAAAUUGGGCAGCUAAACGAUUAAACGAUUUAAAGUCUAUGAUUCCAACAAUUAAAACUGUAUACCAAUGGAAUAUAACUAAAGAUGGAAAACCAGCUUCUGUUUGGACAUGCGAUUUCAAGAAUGGCGAUGGUGCCAUUCAUAGAGGGUCACCAAAAACUGGUAAAGCUGAUUGUAUACUGACCAUAGAUGACGAUUUUGUCUGUAAAAUCUUCGAAGGAAAGGAGGACGCAAUGAGGGCCUUUAUGUCUGGUAAAUUGAAAAUUUCUGGUAAUAUUCUAGCUGCUCAAAAAUUACAACAAUUAUGGGCUGAAGAAGCUCCAAACGUUGCUGCUACUCUAUCUCAAGAGGAGAAAAAAUCUGAAUCUAAAUCAGAAAGUUCCUCAUCAGACUCUAAUACGGACCCUGACAUUGAAGAAAUACCAGUAACUGGAUACAAAUGUGAUCUUAUUUUUAACAUUUUCAAAAACCGAUGUCAUGAGGAACCAGAUUUUAUGAAAAGACUUCGAGUUGUUUUUCAAUUCAACGUAUUGAGAAAAGGCAAACCUGCUUGUGUUUGGACUGCUGAUAAUAAAACCAAACAAUUCGUACAAGUUUAUAGAGAUUUACCUAAGAAUAUAAAACCUGAUUGCAUUGUUACUAUGGAAGACGAAGAGUUGCUCAAAGUUAUGGUUGGCAAAGUUAAUCCUCAAAGAUUAUUUAUGCAAGGAAAGAUUCGAGUGAAAGGAAACAUCAUGUUGCUUCAAAAACUCAAUUCACUUUGGCUGGAAUAUCAAAAACUGGGAAAAACCCCUGAAUUGCCAAUCGCAAUGGACAUUUUGUUACUUGAACCUCUCAAAACUGGACUUAAAAGUGAAUCAAUAUUCAUUGAUUUAGUACAAAGAAUCGUACGAUUACCUGAAUUGCUCAAAGAUGCUAAAGGCUUCCAUAACUUUAACAUCACCAAAGAAAAUAAAAUUGUCUCUAAUUGGGUGAUCGAUCUUACCGGUGAAAUCCCAAAAAUUAAGCGUGGAUCAGCAACCGAUGCUGUAUCAACUUGGACUGUAGACGAUUAUGAUAUUGCCCGACUCGUGCUGAUGAAACUUAAACUAGCUGAUGCACUUGCUCAAAAUAAGGUCACUAUUGAAGGUAACAAGGAGAAAGCAUUAAAACUGGAAAAAAUGUUCACAAUACCGACUUCAUUGAAACCUAAAAUUUAAAGAUCCAAUUUUUAUAUUUUUGUAUUACACUUUUAUACAUUGUUAAUUUUGUUACCUUUAUGAUGUUAUGAAUUAUUACAACUCAAUUCAUUCAAAAUUUUUAAAAAUUCAAGUUCAAUAAUACGAAAAGAUCAUCAAUCAUUGUUUUACACUUCAACGAAAUGUUUUUAUCACUCUUUGCAAUAAAACAUGAAGGUGUUACAAGACA